GUAAACAAACCCCUUGCCGUCGUCGUGACAGGAGGAAGCAAUGAACUUCCCGGAUCCAAUUUUUCUCUUUCUACUCGUGUGUCUGACGCACUUGGGCCGACUUUGCCUCAGCGAGAGGAAGGGGCAAGGCAGCGACACAACAGUGAACCAGCUGAAGUUGUUUCAGAGUCUCUUCCAGGAGAGGAGAAACCAACACAAAACUGCCAUAGGAACAAUAACAAAACUAGACUAUGCACGGCAAGUUAAGAUGAUCAAAAUCAUCGCAGAAAAUGCAUUCCAGGUACUGGAGAUGAGUCAAGUGAAACUCCGCGAGGCCGGAUACAUACCAGGAAUGGAUUUCCCAGACGACGAACUUCUUCGGGAAGCCCUGUCCAAGACUCUGGAGAACACAGUGUUUAUGGGGGAGAUCUUGUUGCAUUUCCCGGACACCACCCACAAAAUCCUGCAGGAAAACAAACCCUGGGAACUGCUCUUCACGUGGGGCGUAUUCUUUGCCUCGCAGUCGAAAUUUCUGGACAAGAGCACAAAUACUCUCAUUUAUUUGGUUUCGCAAGAACUAGAACUGGCAGAGAAAGACCCAAACUACACCAACCCCUAUGCUAAGCGUGCCAGCCACCAGCGAGGCAGCAGCAGUGUGUCAGAAACCAGUCCCGAGACAAAGAAAAAGAAGAAAAAGACGUUCAAAAAAGGCCCGCAUCUUUCAAGACAGUUUGGGGACUUAUGAUGUCAAGAUAAUAGUUUAGUAUAACUAUAGUACAAGUGUGAUGGUCUGUAUUUGUUGAGAUACUUAUGAGUUUAAGUAAAGCCAGUUUGUAUUGAAAAGUGAAACAAUCUUUUCAGUUGUGAAUCAUAUUUCCUGUAUGAUUAAUGGUAACACAUAAUAUUAUAAGUACAAUCAUUUGCUUGGUAGAUUAAGGUCAUAAUUAAAAACAAAAAAUCUUU